GAAAAAAACAGAUGGAACUUCCGUGUGGGAUUCUCAAAAGACCCAAAAACGCAAUAAUACCAAAAACGUGGAGCCAGCAGGUCAAACAACGACUGGAUGCAGCAGAAGGAGAAAUCCGGGAAGUUUAGCUGAAAGAUCAGCCUUAGACUCUCAGCAGGAGCUUUCACGGUAAAUGAGCAGCAGAGGGAAAAAACUGCUGUUUUAAAUCCCCGCGAUCAGCUGGACAUAUUGGAUGUUCAGCAGAUGGUGUUAAAUAAAGAAGCAGCUCGUGAAGAAGUGAGGCCUGAUGUGAGCCGGAUGGACCUGGAGACCCUCAACAUUAAGAAGGAAGAGGAGGAUCCCCUUUAUUUGAUAAUGGAGACUUGUGCCACCAGCAUGUUAUCCACUGCAGGUUCUUGUCAGUGUGAGGAGGAUGAAGCCAAAGUUUUGUUGUCACAGUUCGAUCAGCACCAGGCUACAGACAGAGAUCUUCCAACUAGCAGCUGUCCAGAUCAGAUGAAGGCAAUAAGUUGCGGAAAGGACUGUGGAGAAGUUGGAAGUGACAGGAAUCUAGAUCUAAAUCCUAAUGAAGAUGAUUCCAACUCUUCAGAGACUGAAAUCAGUGAGAAAGAAGACGACCAGGACGGAAGCAGUUGUGACUGUCAGCUGAAACCCUUGACAGACUCUGAGUCAGAAACUGAGGACAGUGAAAAAGAAUGGAAUGAGAGCGAGUCUUCUGAGUCAGAUGUUAAGGCUGUGAACAAAUCUUUAAGCUGCCCUGAGUGUGGUAAACCUGUUCUCCACAAAGGAUCUCUCCAGAAACAUAUGAGAGUGAAAAGUCAUUCAUCGACAAGGUCUUCAAGCUGUUUGGGCAAUAAGAAAGGUCUUACAGUGGAGGAGAAUUCAAACUUGUGCAGGAAAGUCCAGGCCGAACUUAAGUCAUUUAGUUGUGAUGAUUGUGGAGUUUCAUUUAGCGAUAAAUCAAAAUUUAAGAGUCACAUGAGAGUCCACACAGGUCAGAAACCUUUUGUGUGUGAUGUUUGUGGACAAAGAUGUAUUCAUAAAUCACAAUUGAUCAGUCACAUGAGAGUCCACACAGGAGAGAAACCAUUUGUGUGUGAUGUUUGUGGACAAAGAUUUAGCAAUAAAUCCAAUUUGAUUGGUCACAUGAGAGUCCACACAGGACAAAAACCAUUUAUGUGUAAUGAUUGUGGACAAAGAUUUAGACUUAAAGCACAUUUGAUGGAUCACAUGCGAAUCCACACUGGAGAGAAACCUUUUUCUUGUGAGCUCUGUGGACAAAGAUUUAGCCAAAAGACAAGUGUAAAGAAGCACAGGAGAGUCCACACAGGAGAGAGGCCUUUUGUUUGUGAGUCCUGUGGAAAAAGAUUUGGCCAGAUGACAACAUUAAAACUUCACAUGAGAGUCCACACCGGACAUAAACCUUUUGACUGUAAGGUCUGUGGACAAAAAUUUAGCCUGAAGGCAAUUUUAAACAGACACAUAAAUGUCCACACGGGACAGAAACCUUUUGUGUGUGAUGUUUGUGGAAAAGGAUUUAGCCAAAAGGUGAAUUUAAACACUCACAUGAGAGUCCACACAGGACAGAAGCCUUUUGUGUGUGAUGUUUGUGGAGACAGAUUCCGGCAUAAGGUCAGUUUAAAAACACACACUAGAGUCCACACAGGAUAGAUAAUACAGAUUUUACUACAUGGGUUCCUGCUGGUACCAUUUUAACUUUCAUAUCCUAGAUUUCAAUCUUGUGCCUGUGUUUGCAGUCCUUUCCCCUAAAUCAGGGGUGCUCUAUCCUGGUUCUGGUAGACCACUAUCUAGCACAUUUUAGUUGUUUCAGUGCUCCAACACACUUGAUUCAAUGGUUAAAUCAGCUGUUCAGCAGUUCAUUUAGCGCUGCCUAAGUCUGGUAAACACCUACUGAUUAAAAUCAGGUGUGUUGGAACAGGAAAGAAAUGAAAAAAAAUUUAUUUCCCAUUUUCAUGUCUGCCCAGUGCAACCCACAUGAGAUUUGUUAGUUCUGAUGUUGAAUUUGUGUGUAGGAGGUGCAGUUCUCCCCGCCAGUAGGCAGCGUGCACAUCUCGGGGAGGACUAUUAUAGUGUGGCCACCAUUUCCUGUUCUGGUAGCCAUUGCCCAGAAAGCCACUGCUAGACUAAGCGAACAAUCCCGAAUCUGAACCUGGUGUGAAAUUCGACCGUGAGAAGUUUCAUCAAUGUAGCAAGCUUUCUCACCAUGAGCUCCGACUGGUUUUUGAUCAGGGCUGGAUCAUUACAGAUCUGAAUCUUGUGGGUUCAGUCGCAAGCCAACCCGAAAAAGUGUGACUGCAGACGGACUAAAAGGCGGUGUGAUUAGCUGUGGGAUCUAUCUUCAGAGAACCUGAAGACCAUUACUUAAUGGCGUCUUUUAGUUGUUACGGCCCUCGCCUCUGGAACGGGCUGCCUGAGGAUCUCAGGGUCGCCGAGAUCGUUCAUGUUUCUAAGAUCAGUCUCAAGGCUCACCUUUUUAGUUUAGCUUUUAACUGAUUACUAUUCAUUGCAUUGCUUGUUUUACUCGUUUAUUUUUAAUUACUAUUGUGUUACACUUUUAUGUUGUUUUAUUUUUAUAAUCACAUUUUAUUGGAUAUUUUACGUCAUACAUUUUACAUGCAUCUGUUUUGGCUCCAACUCUGUGGAAUGAAUUGCCAUUGAGCAUUAGGCAGGCGUCUAAAGACUCAUUUUUAUUUGAUUGCUUUUCAGCGCUAGGGUUCAUUGAACUGCCCUGACAUUAUGGUUUUUAAUAAUUCUUCUUUUUGAUCAGGAUGCUUGAUCUUAUUUUGUCCAACAUUUGUUUUUAAUUGAUCAGUCUCAUUCCGUUACCUCUCUGUUUUUGUAAUAUUGCUUGCGUCUUAUUUUAUGAUUUUAUGUUUUUAUCUUGCUUUUAUGCCCAGGUACUGGGAAUGUUUUUAUGAUGAUGCUGUUCAGCACCUUGGGCUUCUGAUAACAUUGUGGAAGGUGCUCUACAAAUAAAAUUGAUUGAUUGAUA